CAGGUGGUUCAAAGCGGCGUAGGCCAUGGUGCAGCUCCGGCCGCGCGCGUCCCGUACUCCGGCAUCGGCCGAGGCGAUGGUGGACGAGGGCCAGCCGGCCUCGGAGGAAGAGGCGGAGCACGGCCUGUUGCUCGGGCAGCCCAGCAGCGGCGCGGCCGCUGAGCCGCUGGAGGAAGACGAGGAAGGGGACGAUGAGUUUGACGACGAGGCCCCGGAGGAGCUGACUUUCGCCAGAGCCCAGGAGGAGGCGAGAGAAGAGGAGCGGCGAGUGAGAGAGACCGUGCGCAGGGAUAAAACGCUCCUGAAGGAGAAGAGGAAGCGGCGCGAGGAGCUGUUCAUCGAACAAAAGAAAAGAAAACUCCUUCCAGAUACUAUUCUAGAGAAGUUAACUACAGCUUCACAAACUAACUUAAAGGAAUCGCCAAGAAAGUUGAAAGAAGUUAAUUUUCAAAAGAAAAAUGAGGAGUGUGAAAAAGGAAGCCAUUCCAAGAAAGUUAAAGAAAAAGUGCAAAAAGUACAGUCUGUCAGCCAGAACAAAAGCUACUUGGCUCUAAGGCUGAAAGACCAAGAUCUGAGAGAUUCAAGGCAACAAGCAGCCAAAGCCUUCAUACAUAAUUCUUUAUAUGGUCCAGGAACCAACAGAACUACUGUAAAUAAGUUCCUGUCUCUUGCCAACAAGAGGUUACCAGUGAAAAAGGCCGCAGCCCAGUUUUUGAAUAAUUCUUGGGGAACCCAAAAUAAACAAAAUGCCAAGAGGUUUAAAAGACGGUGGAUGAUCAGAAAGAUGAAAACUUCUAAAAUGUAAAUUGAAGCUAAAUGAAGAAUCUGUACUUUGUAUGUAUAGAAUUUAAAGUUACUUUAUUUACAGGAUCAUUUUCUCUGAAAAAGCUAAUAAAUCAUUUUCAAGGGUCAUUAUAAAAAUCAUAAAUCUAUUUGUCUGAGGAAAUGCUCGCUCACAUUUCAUUGCUCUGGAGUACAAAUCGUGCCUUGUAGUCUUUAAGGGUCCUGGAAGAAAAAGCAGUUUAAAAGGAAUGUUUUCCUUUCUUUUUAUUCACUUAGUUGAAUACAAGCUGAAUACAAGCAAUACUUACACCGGUCACAGCACCUCUUCUACCCCCCUGUCCCCACCCCAUGGUGUGUGGCAGGAAUGACGGAGAAUAAGAAGAAAUGGACAUCUAGGAAAAGUUUUUUUUACCUACCUGCUGCUCUCAGAUGUUUUAGUCUCUCAGAUAUUUUGGUGCUAUUGGUGAGAUUUUGUUUCACAGACUUUUACUUUGUAAUAUUCUUCAAGGAGUACAAGAGAAGUCACGGAAAGAGUGCAAGUGUAGAUAAAUAUGUUCUCUUUAGAGAAGACUGAGUGAAGCCUCGGUGCACAAAAUAUAGUCAACUAGAACUUUUACCAGCCCAAAGAAUCAGGUUAAUCUGUUGAACAGCUUUUUAAGCCCUACUUUUAACCAGUUUUGGGGGUUUGCUUGACUGGCAGGUUUCAUAUGCCAUAUUAUGAUUAUGAAAAUAAGGAAGUUAAUUUCCUGUUGUCUUUCUGUGUUACCCACAAUAUCAAGUGAGACUCUAAUCCAGGGAGGCCAGUAAACUGAAAGCUAUUAAUCAUAAGAAGUAUACAGGUACCUAAUAUAUAAAUUCAAUUGACACUCUAGUAUCUGUAGAAGUAAAUUUUUAAUGGCUGGUUAAUUAUAUCACUACAUUUUUAUUGCAA